GCCGGCGGCCGCGUCGCCGCGCCGCACGGGCGCACGGCUCGGGCGGACGGGACUCGGACGCUAUAAGAGGAGCCCAGCGGCUCUCCGCUCACACGCCGCUCCCGGGUUGGCGCGCCGCGGCCUCCGGCUGCCCGGACACCUGUCCCUUCUCCGUGUCCUCGCCAGGUCCCCGGACCCGUGCGCCCCGCGGCAUGGCUCCGAGCGGGGCCCGGGGGACCGAGGUGGCGGCAGCGUGCUGCGGGCAGCCCCGGCCCCCCAGGCGCCCCUCUUUCGACCCCGUCCCUGCGGGGCAGCGCGCCGGAGGGACCCGCGCCUGAGAGCCGGGCGGAGCUCGGGCUCUCAGGCGCGGCGCCGCGCGGCUGCCAGGCGCCCCCCGGCCCCGCCGCUGGUCCUGCCCAGCCUGGGGAGCGGCGGGGAUGCCCGACCGGGACUCCUCGCGGGCCUGCACGCUUUGGUCCGGACAGCGGGGCAACUCCUGCGCGCCGAGCCCGCAGAAGCGGGCGCGCCGGGGGUGGGCGGCGCUCAGCAGCGCGCGCUUGGGCUGAGAGGCCCCACCUGCGCACGCAGACCUCGCCCUGCAGCGGCCGCCCGGCCCGCCAGGCCUCCGCGCCUCGCGCCCGGAGGGGCGGGGAGGGGGCCGCCCGCGCGGCCGCCGCGCCCUGGGCCGCUAGUUUCCGCCGGGAACCCUGGCGGAGGAGCAGUCGAGGACCCCACGGAGCUGAGUGAGGACCAGGGACAGACUGUCUCCUCCGCGGCGCCUCCGCCCUGUGCCCUGGCGCUCCAUGCCCGGGAACUGCGCCCGGAGCCGCGGCCAGGAGACAUGGAGGGACCGGGCGCUCGGUGCGCCCCGCAGCUGCCCGCCGGCCCCCACCCCGCGCUGGCCGCGGCCAACCUCUCCGCCGCUCCCGCCCGCAACUGCGGCGCCGAGGGCUACAUUUACCAGGACUCCGUCGCCCUGCCCGGGAAAGUGCUACUGGCCACGGUGCUGGCGCUCGUCACCUCGGCCACCACGCUCUCCAACGCUUUCGUGAUCGCCACCGUGCACCGGACCCGGAAGCUGCACACCCCCGCCAACUACCUGAUCGCCUCCCUGGCCGUUACCGACCUGCUCGUGUCCAUCCUGGUGAUGCCCGUCAGCACCCUGUACACGGUCACCGGCCGCUGGACCCUGGGCCAGGUAGUCUGCGACUUGUGGCUGUCGUCGGACAUCACCUGUUGCACCGCUUCCAUCCUGCACCUCUGUGUCAUCGCCCUGGACCGCUACUGGGCCAUCACGGACGCCGUGGAGUACUCUGCCAAGCGGACUCCGCGGCGCGCGGCGGGCAUGAUCGCGCUCGUGUGGGUCUUCUCCAUCUCCAUCUCGCUGCCGCCCUUCUUCUGGCGCCAGGCCAAAGCCGAGGAGGAGGUGUCGGACUGCGUGGUGAACACCGACCACGUCCUCUACACCGUCUACUCCACGGUGGGCGCCUUCUACCUGCCCACGCUGCUGCUCAUCGCGCUGUACGGCCGCAUCUACGUGGAAGCCCGCUCCCGGAUCCUGAAGCAGACGCCGCACAGGACUGGCAAGCGUCUCACCCGCGCGCAGCUGGUCACCGACUCCCCCGGGUCCACGUCCUCGGGCACCUCCGCCAACUCGCGGGCUCCCGACGCGCCCAGCGAAUCGGGGUCCCCGGUGUGCGUGAACCAAGUCAAGGUGCGCGUCUCCGACGCCCUGCUGGAGAAGAAGAAACUGACGGCCGCCAGGGAGCGCCGGGCCACCAAGACCCUGGGGAUCAUCUUGGGGGCGUUUAUCGUGUGCUGGCUGCCCUUCUUCAUCAUCUCCCUGGUGAUGCCCAUCUGCAAGGAUGCCUGCUGGUUCCACCUGGCCAUCUUCGACUUCUUCACGUGGCUGGGCUAUCUCAACUCCCUCAUCAACCCCGUCAUCUACACCAUGUCCAACGAGGACUUCAAGCAAGCGUUCCACAAAUUGAUACGCUUCAAGUGCACAAGGUGACUUGUCAGUUGCCGUGCGGUCGCCAGGCGGCCUUUGGGGACCGUGUUUUGUCUGGUCCCACAGGUAGGUGGACCCUUCUUUCACUGGUGCUGGGGCGGAGUGAGGCUCUCU